GCCGCCCACGGGCCGCGAGCCGCACCGAGGGGCACUAUGAGCGGGGGCGUCUACGGCGGAGAUGAGGUGGGGGCGCUGGUCUUUGACAUUGGCUCCUUCUCGGUCCGCGCCGGGUAUGCUGGGGAGGACUGUCCCAAGGCUGACUUCCCCACCACGGUGGGGCUGCUGGCCGCGGAGGAGGGGGGCGGGCUGGAGCUGGAGGGGGAGAAAGAGAAGAAGGGGAAGAUCUUCCACAUUGACACCAAUGCCCUGCACGUGCCUCGGGAUGGAGCGGAGGUCAUGUCGCCCCUCAAGAACGGCAUGAUUGAGGACUGGGAGUGCUUCCGAGCCAUCCUGGAUCACACCUACAGCAAACAUGUCAAGUCUGAGCCAAACCUGCACCCCGUGCUCAUGUCAGAGGCCCCGUGGAAUACUCGGGCCAAGAGGGAGAAGCUGACGGAGCUGAUGUUCGAGCAGUACAACAUUCCUGCCUUCUUCUUGUGCAAGACCGCCGUGCUGACCGCCUUUGCAAAUGGACGCUCCACGGGCCUUGUGCUGGACAGCGGGGCCACACACACCACGGCCAUUCCAGUGCACGAUGGCUACGUCCUGCAGCAAGGCAUCGUCAAGUCGCCCCUGGCCGGGGACUUCAUUUCCAUGCAGUGCCGGGAGCUCUUCCAGGAAAUGGCCAUCGACAUCAUCCCUCCAUACAUGAUUGCAGCCAAGGAGCCUGUUCGAGAGGGCGCCCCCCCGAACUGGAAGAAGAAGGAGAAGCUACCUCAGGUCUCCAAGUCCUGGCACAACUACAUGUGCAACGAGGUGAUCCAGGACUUCCAGGCCUCGGUGCUACAGGUCUCAGACUCCCCCUAUGAUGAGCAGGUGGCUGCACAGAUGCCCACAGUGCACUACGAGAUGCCCAAUGGCUACAACACGGACUACGGUGCCGAGCGGCUCCGCAUCCCCGAGGGCCUGUUUGACCCCUCCAACGUCAAGGGCCUGUCAGGGAACACUAUGUUAGGCGUGGGCCACGUGGUGACCACCAGCAUUGGCAUGUGCGACAUUGACAUCCGCCCGGGCCUGUAUGGCAGCGUCAUCGUCACCGGCGGGAACACGCUGCUUCAGGGCUUCACUGACAGGCUCAAUCGAGAGCUCUCCCAGAAGACCCCACCGAGCAUGCGACUGAAGCUCAUCGCCAGCAACAGCACCAUGGAGCGCAAGUUCAGCCCCUGGAUUGGGGGCUCCAUCUUGGCCUCACUGGGCACUUUCCAGCAGAUGUGGAUCUCCAAACAGGAGUACGAGGAGGGCGGGAAGCAGUGCGUGGAGCGGAAGUGUCCCUGA